AUGAACGGGUUUGCGAGACGGCUUGGGCUGGGAGGAAAGGAUAAAGACAAGGAGCCUUUGUCUCCUAUCGUGCCUACGCAGCCCGAGCCUGGACCACAGCAGCCGGUGCCUCCUCAGCAACAACCAUUACCCCCUCAGCAGCAGCAACAACAGCAACAACAGUCACCAAUAGUGCCUCCGAUCAACCCAGCCGUGAUCGAUGGUAAAGCACUGACCAACGGGAUACGGAGUCCGACUACACCCACAGGUGUCGACGAUAGUACAAUUCGACAACGGCCGCCUCGGUCAUCCAGCAAGAGCUCGGCGGUGGUCUCUCCCCCUCCUCGGCCCGUAGUCAACACCAAGGCAAAGGCAAAGACCAAGUCUACGCAGCAAUCCAAAGAUGAUUUGCUUAUGAGUUUGUUGGCGAGUGAGGCAGUUAUGGAUAGUCGUACUUCGGAGAUUUUGAGCGCCGAACAAGUCGAGGAGCUUAAAAAGGAAGACGCGUUAUUACAAUCCCGGUUCGCCUCGUCUACCAAAAAACUCGCGCUGGAAACCAAGAUGCGAGACGCGGCGCGAUCUCUAACCACGCUCAACGCAACGAACAAGUCGGCAUCGAAACAGACACAAGAGCAGCUCGAAGAGGCUAUCCAGCGACUCGAAGCGGCCCAGGCGGACCAUAUGCAGAUCCAAACGCGGCACGCCGAGGUCCAACGCAAGUUGCUCGAACAUCGUGCUGGCGUUCUCAGCGCCGCGCUCCGCAAGACGGACGAGAGCCUUUCGGUUCCGCCAAGCAGUACGAUGAGUCCGACGGAUAGUUCGAGGACGAGCUUGAGUAAAUUCGAUGGUGCUCAUUUCUUUGCUGGGCACGCCGAGUCGACUGGAGGUCCCCCGAUGCCUAUGCGUGCCGGUCCGUCGCCACAAGACAUCCUACGCAUGAAACAGGCGGAAGAGACGGCCAAGGCAGCUACUAAACGCGCAACCGAACUAUCACGCGACCUUGGGCUGCUUAAACUCGAAAAGGCAGAGGCCGAGACGCGUGCAGCAUUGGAUAUCCAACAGGCCGAGGAGCAGGUGGCUGAGCUGCGUAGUCAAAUUGGGAAGCUCACUAGCAAGAGCCAGGCGUGGGAAAAGGAGAGGGAGGAGCUGCUUGAGGACGUGGCGCAGCGGGACAAGGAGAUUGAGGAACUUCAAGACAAGCUCAAUGCUGCCGAACGACAGGGUGGGAAAGCAGGGGGAGCAUCCGCAACUGAAGUCGAGGCAGAACUUGAAGGAGCGCGUAAAGCCAUCCGGGGUAUCGUUCGCACACACCGAAUCAACAUGCAGCAAUUCGCUUCGGCCGAGGGCGAGUCGGGUGUGUUUUCGGUUGCGAACAUGGUAGCAGCCAUCGGCUCCCACAUCGAAUUCCUGGAUGAGACUAGAAAGGGUCUGGAAAAGGCAAAACGUGAAGCCGAGAGCGAGUCGCAGGAUGCGAAGCAAGCCAAAGAAAAGAUGCUCGCGCAAUUGGACGAGAGUCGACAGGAUACCCAGGAAUCGCUGCGCCAAAUAGCAACGCUAGAGCGCCAGAUGAUGGAACAAACAGAUCGUAUUGUGGAACUUUCUCGAUCGGAAAGUUCCGGUAUGGCCAAUAUCCAAACUACGAGUGCCGAAUUGAAUCAGAUCAUGUCGGUGCUUAUCGCCCUUUGGGCCAUUUUACCUUCUGCAGAAGGACGGGCCGCCAAGCUCUCGAACACGCAGCAGAACCGAGACCCGCUUGCACCACACGUACUGGGCUCACCGCGCACACUUCGGCCAGCCAACGCACCUCCCCUUAUCUCGGACGCGGACAUCAAGAGCCUGCGCCAGCUCUACGACCCCAACGGGCCCUUCUUAUCUCCCCCUCCACCCGGAAAGUUCUCUAUCGACGCGUUCAACGCCAAAGUCCGUGCGCUUGUGGCCGAUGACCGCGCGAUCAUCGAGCGGCUGAUCAAAUUUGCGACCACCCACGAGCUUUUGAAAACGAAUGCCGAAAAGGCGCAGAAGCUCGCGCAAGAGAGUACGAUCAGUCUCAAGACGUAUCAGGACCAAGUGCAAACCCUCGAAGAGAGGAACAAUACGAUGGCUUCGAGACAGACUGCUUUGAUAGAAGAAUUGGAACAAAUCCAAGCUGGAUACGAAGAACUCUUGGAAAUCAAAGCGCAGCUCGAGAUCGAUGCAGCUCGUCAAGCCGAAGUAUGUGCUAAUCUCACAGAAGCAAACAACACCCUCUCUGCGAGCGCACUUUCGCUUGCCAACGAGAGUUCCACAUCUGUCGUUGCCGCCCGUGCGAAAUUAGAAACCGAAGCUGCCGCGUUGAAGAAGAAGAGCGAUGAACUAGAGGCCGAGUUGGAUCGUGUGCGAGGGGCGGAGCAGAGUCAGAGGAUCGCGCUCUUGGAUGAGCUGAAUGCGAUGCAAACCGAGAAUACCAAUCUCCGUAAUCAGAUUAGGGCGUUGCAGUCCAAGUAA